AUGAGCAAAAGUCCAUCUAACCUUGACGAGGAUCAGAAACAGAAGCUGGAGUCAUCUUCUCCUCGUGCCACUGAAACGGCGGCCCCGCCUCCAGUCAAACAUUUGGAUCCAUUGAAUUGUGAUGAUGAUGAGGAUGAGGCUUACAUGCCGCCGUCAACGAGAGAAGUGCGGAUCACGACGGCAACACCCUCACAGGUGCAACUACGUAAAGUUGAGCAAGAGCCACCGCAUGAAGUACAGAUACCGCGUGAAAUGAAAGCAAAUAUGGAUGACUUGGAACCUCCACCAGUGCCAGUUUCUGUUCUCGCCAUUACUCCCACUAGAAGUAAUGAUAGCCAAAAUGUAAGUGCUAAUGCUUCGCAGAAGAAGGUCAGUUUUAGUACUUUAAACUUGUCCGAUUCACGCAGUGCCAAUGAUACUUCAGGGGCAGAAAUAAACAAAAAGGCCGGUAUUACAGUGGAGGUAACAACCGAUGGGGUUUUGCAUUCUGAAGAACUAGACCCGAGAGAACUCGCUCGACUAUAUGCACAGCAGCAAGCUGCUCUUCGAUCUAUCCGUGGAGAAUUUGAUAUUCUUUAUGUUCCUGAUUGGGUUCGUCUACAUCCUUUACUAGGAUCUUACGUGGCGGAAGCAUUUGGCACUUUUGCUUGUGUACUAACUCUUUCUUUGGUAAGCGUUCGAAACCAAAGUAUAUUUGAUACUAAAGAUGAAACGAAUAUGACUUCACUUCCAAUUGGAUUUAUGUUUAUGUGUAUGGUAUUUACUUUUGGAUAUAUAUCUGGUGGACAUUUUAAUCCUGCAGUUACUAUAGCAGUGUUUUUAGUACGAAAAAUUGAUGUUAUGCGAACUUUUGCAUAUUUGGUAUGUCAAACAGGAGCAGCAUUAGGUGCUGGAUUGGUGGCAAUGGCAAUUCAAGGAAGUACAGAAGUUUUUGUUCCUAAAGUAGAUCCUUUAUAUGUUUCAUCCGGUAUUUUUUCAGAACUUAUAUAUACCUUCGCUAUAGCUACAGUAGUACUUAACGUUGCCUAUUCAAGACAAAGCGGAAAUUUCUUCUAUGGAUUUGCUAUUGGAAUGACGAUUGCAGCUGGUUCUGCUGCCGUUGGAAGAAUAUCUGGAGGUGCUUUUAACCCAGCUGCGGCAACUGGACUUCAAUUGGCUUUAUGUCUCACUGGUGAUUGUGAUCCGUUGGCAUCCUUUUGGGUUUAUUGGAUGGCCCCACUUGUGGGAUCUGUGCUUGCUUCUAUUCUAUACUCUCAGAUUACGCAACCAGAGGACACACAUGCUCUCACUGACGCAGAAGUACUACAGACGAAUGAACCCCCAAGGGAAGAAAAUCAACUAGCAUAA